UGACACAAUAAUUCAAAGAGCGAAGGGACACUUAAAGACACGUUCACGCCACGCUCCCUCCAGUAUCAGAUCACUGCUUUCGCCCAUUGGACAACCUCCCGCUGUGGCGGCGCGUGCACAUCCGCGGACUCGUUGGACCCGCGCCUCGCCCAAUUGCAGGAAGAGCGACCGGGCAACAACCCUCGACCCCAGCUCCUGUUUACUCUGCUCCGUCGGUAGCUAAUGGAGUCGCACGACGGCGAGUGGUCGCUCAAUGAGUUGCAGAAGCUCGAAGGCCACACCGAUAGGGUAUGGAGCGUCGCUUGGAAUCCGGCCACCGGCGUGGCCGGUGUUCCCCCGGUGCUCGCCUCCUGCAGCGGCGACAAGACGGUCCGUGUCUGGGAGCAGAAUCCCUCGUCUUCCUCGUGGUUCUGCAAGGCGGUUUUGGAUGAGACGCACACUAGGACUGUUAGGUCUUGUGCUUGGUCGCCUUCAGGGAAGUUAUUGGCCACUGGGAGCUUCGAUGCCACCACUGCAAUUUGGGAAAAUGUUGGGGGUGAUUUUGAAUGUGUUUCUACAUUAGAGGGUCAUGAAAAUGAAGUCAAAAGCGUGUGUUGGAAUGCGUCAGGAUCCUUGCUUGCGACAUGUGGCCGAGAUAGAUCUGUUUGGAUUUGGGAAGUGUUGCCAGGGAAUGAGUUUGAGUGUGCUUCAGUGUUGCAAGGACACACACAGGAUGUGAAGAUGGUGCAGUGGCACCCAACCAUGGAUAUACUGUUCUCUUGUAGCUAUGACAACACUGUUAAGAUUUGGGCAGAGGAUGGUGAUGAUGACUGGCAUUGUGUUCAAACCUUAAAUGAAGCUAAUGGUGGCCAUACAUCUACCGUUUGGGCUCUUUCCUUUAACCCUGCCGGAGACAAAGUGGUUACGUGUAGUGAUGAUCUCACGAUAAAGAUAUGGGGGACAGACAGCAGAAAGAUGAUGUCUGGUGAUGGCUAUGUGCCUUGGAAUCAUCUCUGCACUCUCUCAGGCUACCAUGAUCGAACCAUCUUUUCUGUUCAUUGGUCCAGGGAAGGAAUUAUCGCCAGUGGAGCUGCAGAUGAUGCUGUCCGUUUUUUCGUUGAGAGUAAAGAUGGUUCAGUUGAUGGACCUUCAUACAAAAUGAUUCUAAGAAAUGAAAAGGCCCAUGAUAUGGAUGUGAACUCAGUAAGGUGGAGCCCCGGUGAAAAUCGCUUUCUUGCAUCUGCGAGUGAUGACGGGACUGUAAAAAUAUGGGAGCUUGUGCCUGUAAUUUGAUAGCUAGGUAUCACACACUGCUGAAUUUCAUAGGUGUGAUGUCAUAGAUAUGUAAAAAGCUCUCCGAAAUGGUUCGAACCUUGUCAAAAAAUAUAUAGGGAGUUUCAUUUCAUAUGUCUCUCCUUGGGAAAAGAACAUGCUAUUGGUUUCCCAAAGAACAUGCUAUUGGUCAGAAUUUCCCCGAGUUUGGCGAGGGGGGAAAGUUGAAAUGAAAGAGAAGAUGAGGAAUUCUUGUGCUUGUAACUCGGCUGUAAGGAUGCCUUUGGGGGUCACAUUCUCGGGGAGAGUUCUUCCCCCCUUUGCUGCCAUUUUCUGGGAUUCCUCGUAAGUUGGUUGUGUAAACCAUAAAAAAGACCUGCAGACCAUACUAUUCUGCAGUCACAGUCUAAUAAAAUUUUGUGGAAGGCGACAUUCAUUUUCA